CAUCGACAGAUCAGCGAACAAAAAUAUAAAGUGUCGAGACAACUCUGCAGUCAAUAUUUUGUCGACUUUAUAUCCAAUAUUUCUGCAAUUGAUUGCAUUUCGCAUACCUUGAGCUACAGAUCGCAGGAAAUCUGAUCGAACUAAGGAGCAGUCAGGAGUCCAAAAUAUAAGUCUUCGAUAGUUUUUUUGCGACGCUUCACUGCAGUUUGCGCAAAUGCAAGCCGGAGGAUUGAAUCAAUGCGCAUCGUUCAGCGCACUAGACUUGAGGCCUAACACAGGGCGACAUGCACUCACAGCACCACGGUCUUCCUUCAGCAGACGCCCAGCUGUAGGCAGAGGCCUCGUUGUAGUGCGUGCUGCAGUGACAGCGGAUCCUAAGACUAGAGUCGUCAUCACGGGCCAGGGCAUUGCCUCGGUCUUUGGUAAUGAUGUCAACACCUUCUAUAACACAUUGUUGGAAGGCAAGUCUGGGGUGAAGCCAAUCACCAGAUUCGAUGCCUCUGAAUUCCCGACCACGUUCGCGGCACAGAUUGAGAACUUUGACAACGAGGGGCUCAUCGACAAGAAGAAUGCCAGGCGGUACGAUGACUGCAUAUCAUACUCUCUGGUCUCCGCCAAGAAGGCGCUGGCGGACGCUGGGCUGGAGAAGGGGAGCGAGGCGUUUGAGAAGCUGGACAAGACGCGUGCGGGCAUCUUGAUUGGCAGCGGCAUGGGCGGCCUCACCGUUUUCCAGGACGGCGUCAAAAACCUGGUCGAGAAGGGCUACAAGAAAAUCACCCCCUUCUUCAUCCCCUACGCCAUCACCAACAUGGGAGGCGCACUGGUGGGCAUUGAGACGGGCUUCAUGGGCCCCAACUACUCCAUCUCAACGGCGUGCGCGACGGCCAACUACGCAUUUGUGGCGGCCGCCAACCACAUCCGCAAGGGCGAGGUCGACAUCAUGCUGGCCGGCGGCUCCGAGGCUCCCAUCAUCCCUGUCGGCCUUGGUGGCUUCGUCGCCUGCAGGGCGCUGUCGUCGGGUGGGCUGACGGGUGAGCCGCAGAAGGCGUCGCGGCCGUGGGACAAGGACCGUGACGGCUUUGUCAUGGGCGAGGGCGCCGGCGUCCUCGUCAUGGAGUCCCUGGAGCACGCCCAGGCGCGCGGCGCAAACAUUUUGGCGGAGUACAUGGGCGGCGGAAUCACAUGCGAUGCGUACCACAUGACGGAUCCGCGCGCGGACGGCCUCGGGGUCUCCACCUGCAUCGAGAUCGCCCUCAAGGACGCCGGCAUCGAGCGCGAACAGGUGAACUACAUCAACGCACACGCGACGAGCACGCUGGUGGGUGACGUGGCAGAGGUGAAGGCGAUAAAGAAGGUGUUCCCCAGCAUGGCGGGCAUCAAGGUCAACGGCACCAAGUCCCUCAUCGGCCACUGUCUCGGCGCGGCCGGCGGCCUCGAGGCAGUCGCCACCAUCCAGGCCAUCCGCACCGGCUGGCUGCACCCCACCCUCAACCAGGACAACCUGGUGGAUGAGGUAGCAGACAUUGACACCGUGCCCAACGUGAAGAGCCAGCACGAGGUCACCGCUGCAAUCUCAAACUCUUUCGGCUUCGGCGGUCACAAUUCCGUCGUUGUCUUUGCCCCAUACAAGGAGUGAUGUGCUGCUACUUUGCAGCGACUUCUGUGGGAUGUGUGUGAGAGAGAGUG